AUGAAUCCUAAAAAACAUAAGAAACAUAACUUUUAUGGAAAAAGACGUGCACGUUCUGCGUCUCCUGUAUUGGAUGAAUAUUCUAAAGAUUUACCAGUUGAAUUUGAGAAUCUUGAAGUAAAAGAUGAUAAAUCUAGACAAAAAAAAUUGUCUAAAAGUAUUAAGCGUCAAUACAAGAAGGAUUUAAUUAAGAAAAAGUGGAAGAAACAUCAUCACAAAAAAGACUAUACUUCUGAUUCAUCAUCUUCUAGUUCAAGUUCAAGUUCUUCAUCAUCAUCAUCAUCAUCGUCAUCAUCGUCAUCGCCAAACUCAUCAGCUGAUGGUAGCAAUAAUAGAAAGAUUAUGCCUUGUCAAUCCUAUAACAAUCCAUUUUUUUAUCCAAGAAUGCCGAGAUUUAAUCCAAACUUUAUGAAUUAUCCUUUACAUCAUUUUGAUCAUCAUCAUCAUCAUUUCAAACAUUAUUGUGGAUGUUUUAGAGGACGUGAUGAUUAUGUUUUUCCACUUGCAGCAUCAGAAAGAUUUAACAGAAAAAGAGGACACAAACAUCAUGGAUACCAUAGACAUCAUGAACAUGAAGAUGUUUCUGAGCGACAAAAUUUUCCCCAUUUUAGACAUUUUUCUUUCAGAGGAAAAUCUAGACAUCGCUACCAUUUACCAUCAUUUUAUUAUUAA